AUGGAUCAACUAUAUGAAGCUACAGUGUUCUCUAAGAUUGAUUUGAGGUCGGGCUAUCAUCAGAUCUUGGUGAAAGGAGAUGAUGUACAAAAGACGACGUUCAGGUCUAGGUAUGGCCACUAUGAGUAUGUAGUUAUGCCAUUUGAUGACAUACUUCUCUUUUCUAGGACUCGAGAAGAGCAUGAAGAUCACCUUAGGACAGUACUUGGAGUGUUGAGAGAGAGAAAGUUUUACGUCAAACUGUCUAAGUGUGAGUUUUGGAUGGAAGAGGUUCCUUUUCUAGGGCAUGUGAUUUCAGCCAGAGGAAUUUUUGUUGAUCUUGUUAAGGUGCAAGCAGUACUUCAGUGGGAGAGACCUAAGACUGUGACUGAAGUUAGAAGUUUUGUGGGUUUGGCGGGCUACUCUCACCGUUUCAUUGAGAGUUUUGCUCGAAUUGUAGCGCCGUUGAUGCAUCUGACUAGGAAGGAUCAACCUUUUGUUUGGACAGACCGUUGUGAGACUAGCUUUCAAGAACUAAAGAAAAGGUUGACUAGUGCACCAGUUUUGAUUAUCCCUGACAUAGGUAAACCUUUUGAGGUUUUUUGUGAUGCCUCUCAUCAGGGAUUGGUGUGUGUGCUAAUGCAAGAAAAGAAAGCGGUUGAUAACAAUUGA